CAUGAUCUCAGCGCACAAGACCAUAUCAUCGGGAUCAGCCGGGUCAAUUGAGGAUAAAAGGGAAUUGAGCUGCAACUUGUAAAUAGCAUUCGUCACCAAUUGACUACUCAUCAAUCAAACACCACUUAAAUCAGCACUCAAAUUACCAUUGAACAUUUAUUUUAAAUCAUGACGACCAAUUCAUUCGGCUCAGCGCUUCCCCGCUUCGACUUCCCCCGCCAACCCGCUGCCCCAAAAUUGACAGCCCAAGCGGCUCGUGCAUUCCCCACUGUCGCCAUUGUCGCUACUGCUGCGGCUUAUUACUACACAUAUUACUACGCUCCCAGCCGGGAAUAUCACAUGUACACACACUCCUCGAUACAAAAUAGCUCCAUGUUCCAGAGCACAAGGAGUACAAAACCCAAGGCCGAGAUAACGCCUUUGGAACGGAUGGAAGAGAUAGGGUUGUGGUGGACAGCAUAUUGAGCCAUAUAUCACUAUUGACGAAGAGGAUUUGUUCGACUUGUCUUUGCAAAGGAGUAUUAUUUUAAUCUCGGGCCGAGUUUAAGCCCGAGCAGGGUUGGGGAACGUGUUAAUCAGUCAGAUAUACCAUCGAGCCGGGGGCGCACUAUAUAAUUCAAUCAUUGGCAAUCAUGUUUUCUCUACUAGGUGAACCUAGGAUGACUUAUUCCAGCUGUCUGGAAUUUUAGUCUGACCCAGUCCUAUAUAUGAUCAUCCGAGAACGAAAAACUUUAUGAUUAUAACGCCUCCUGAGUUGUUUCGUUUUGUUACAGCUACACUGCUCUGCCACGUCUGUCGGAUACAAGGUCUACUGAUUAUAUAUCUCCACCAGAGAUAAGUCCACCUUUCAGACUCAAAGGCUCAAAAACCUGUAUGCACCCUUGACGAUUUCCUUUGAGUGGAGAGUUGAGUAUUCUUCGUCGCUCAGACCAGACAUGUCUCAUUCUAUUCUCAACAGACGGCUCUUUCGUCCUCUACACACGACUACUCUCAAGUAUGUGUUCCCUCUAGAAGUCCAAGGCUCUCAAAGAUUCUAACUUGUCUGUCCCCUUUUCAAAUUACACCGCUUGAUGUAGUCUCAACGCUCUGUUUAUUCAUCGAAGCUAUCUGAGCAAUGGUUUGAUCUUCUCAUUAGAAGCUGUUUAGGUUUUGUACUGAAGAUUGGUAGUCCUCUGAAGAUAGAAAUUCCUCCAAGGAGGUAACAAACGACAUGAAAUCCUCCAUCGAGAUGUCACUGCUGGGGUCCCCUAGAUGCCAAUCCAUCCUGAGAUCCGAACGGAGCGGACCGGCUGGGUGAUCAGAAUAAGAGUAUCCGAACUGGUUUUGAUGCUGAGUAGGCGUGAGACAGGUGAAGGUGUAAUUUGACAUGCUCGAAGUUUCAAUGUUAUUUGAAAACUGCCAUUCUUGUGUUAGUGGACCGACUGGCUCUGGGACUUUGAUUGAGCCCCGAUUGAGCAUCUGACUGCUGCCCACCUCCAAAGACUCGCAGGCAUGUCCAGAGUUUCCUCCUUGUAGAAUCUUCUUCCCGGUGUUCUGGACCUUUGCAACUGGCUCUUCCAAACUCUCUUCCGGCAGUGUCUGCUCCUUUUGUUCAAAAUAGCCCUCAACUCUGCCGAGAAUCUCAGACAGCAAUGGGCGUAACUCAUCUGCGCACGGAACAUUCAGUGUACCCCUCAAACUAGAGAUAAUAUUCUGCUCUUCCUCUCUCCAUAUCCUUCGCAUGAUUCCCGU